GAAUUUCAAUCCAGACUACCAUGGAGAAUCUUCUUCAUAAUUUGGAUGCGUUCCUAUUUGGAUGAGACUAAUCUCUCGACCUGCUCCAGAGGCAUUACCAAUCAUGGCUGAAUUGCCCCAGGAGCAUAUUACAUCCGUCAAGGAAGAAUAUGAUGUUCAGUGUUGGGGUUGUGGAUUACACCUUCUUCUUCCAUCAAAUUCUCCACUUUUCAAGUGUGGUUGGUGUGGAGCUUUAACUAAUCAAAAUGCAAGAAAACGUGAUACCAAGUACAUUUGGCUGAGACGUUGGCGUGAUAGAAUCUUUGUCUUUAUCCUCCUCAUGUUUAUGCUCUUUGUGAUAUGUGGUGGAGUGUGGGCCAUGCACCCUGUUCUUUUCGCUACCAGCUAUUUCACUGGAAUUUUCCACUCCAUUUUAACUUUCAUAUUGUCUGUAGCUACUGUUUAUACAUUCAGUUCUGCAGCAUUCAAAUGUGCUGGAACACCUCCAUUCAUAGUCUGGGGUAGCUAUCCAGCUGUGGGGAAAGGUGGCCUUGAAAAUUAUACCUUUUGUAACCUCUGCUCAAAGCCCAAGUCACCAAGAACUCAUCACUGCCGAACAUGUGGAAAGUGUAUAUUGGACAUGGAUCACCACUGCCCAUUUAUAGGGAAUUGUGUUGGUGCUGAUAACCACCCCCACUUCAUUGCCUUACUUAUUUCAGUUAUCGUCAGUACAACAUAUGUGUCUAUCAUGGCUAUAUAUGUAAGUUUCCAGAUAUGGCCAUCUGUAACAUUAGAAAGCAUCAACGACUUAAAUGUGUACAGAACUGAGUUUGCGUUGAGAUAUGUCAGGGAGCUUAUUUUGGGUUUGCUAAGAUCUGCAGUGUUUUUGGACCCUAGAGGGCUUGUUCUAGUAUAUCUGUUUAUUUCUAGUGUUUCAUUGGGGAUAGGGUUGUUCAUACUUCUGUGGCAGCAGCUCUGUUAUAUAUAUGAGGGGAAAACCUUCUUGAGUGAUUUAACUUCACAAGGCAAUGAUGAAGUUGGAGAGAAGGAUUGCCAAAAUAUUUUGCGCUUCUUUGGUUGGCCAUAUUCUUUCUCAAGAUACAUGCCUCUCUGGUCUAUUUCAAGAUUUCUGCCAACUUUCCAGAAGAAGAGACAUGCAAAGUAAAAGUUGUAGUAUGAGCUGAUGAUGCCCAUUUCUUUCCCUAUUUUGGGAGUGUGGGGGAGGCAGAGACUUGCUUUCUUACUGGAGCAGGGUGGUGCAGGGCAGCAGAAUGUGCUGUUCAUAUGAAUUCAACCAAUUACGUGCUACUCAGCAGCAGCGGGGUGAUCAUACGAGGGAAAGCUUAAUCACCCCAUCCCUUGGAAGACUCUUUGUUAGGAUUAUAGUUGAAGCAAUUUGUGCUUUUAUCAAGUAGUGGUACUGUAUAAUGUGUAUCGUACAUAUUCUGGGGAAGUUGGAACCACAAUUGUUUCUUUAACGGUUUAAUUCAUCAUUUUUCUUGUUGCUGAUAGAAAAUUGUCAACUGUUGUUUCUAUGUGUCAGUUGAUGGUUUAACUUGGCUACUCAA